AUGCAGGGAAACACAGAGGGCCCGGUAUACAUCACGACAGACUUGGUCCCCGCAGACCUCCCACGCCGGCGCUACGACGACCGUGAUGAUGAAUACGGCGGCCUGGAGGUAUCCAAGGACUAUGACUGGGGUUUCAAACAUCACGGUCUCGACAUCGCAGCUCUGGUGGACGGAAAGUGGACGGGAUACGUCUCUCAUACCGUCGAGUUCAAGACGAUCAAGCACAAGUCGAGGAUGCAGCGCACGAUCAGGUCAAGGAAAACGCCGCCUUGGCUAAGCAGCUACAACCGCACGCGUUCGCAUAAUAUCAUGACGUUGGGUCUGUUAUCGCCGCCUUUGCACGCCGUCGUCAAGAACGACGGGAACGAGGCCGCUGGCAUGGAGGACGCAGGCAACGAGGCCGAUGGCAACGGAAACGCUGCAGACACGGGAUCAGCACCCCUUCAAAGCAUCCCGGACGUUCCCGUCCACGCUACCGCCAACAGGCUUCGCGUCGAGAACUUGGUUAACAAUAUGCCCCCGAACCCGAGCAACUUAACGGCCAUGGAGCAUUUCCUCCAGAUCGUCGUCGCCCAAGAGCUGGCCAACCGAGGAGUCACGGACCCUUUCCUCAUCAGCAACAUGUUCCUCUUACAGGGGCUCUGGUUAAUUGUUGUAUUUUAG